GUGUAAGAAGAUGCGUCACUUAUUGAUCAUGGGCUGUUCUUUGUCUGUACCUAACUUAGCCACAAACAGGAAAACCCAGAGUCCUGCGAUUUAAGUACGCUUACAAUGAUCAGAUACACAGGGGGAGAUACAGUAGAGGAAAUCAUUUUCAUGGAUUAAGCAAGGCUGCUGACAAACAAACUGGUUAGCCUUUCUGACUAUGCCUGCAGUAUCAAUGGAGCUGCAUUGUAUCCAACGACCUUACGCCUGCACUAACCGAUUUCCAGAUAUGUAUCAAAGUUGUCUCGCUACUCAAGGUUUCAAACCCCUCUUUAUUCACAAAUCCUUAAAAUUUAGAAGAAGAAAUUGCCUGAAGUCGAAUCUUAACCGUCCGGCAGUUCACUGCACGGCACAGCUGCCGGACUUAGUAAAAGACAUUGUGGAUAAGAGCCACUCAAGUUUCGAAAACAUUACUGAAAAUCUGGUCAACGGGGGAAAAUUAAGUGAGAGAUUGCAAGGAUUCGAAAGCUCUGCUUCGAAUUUCAUGCACAGCUUAGGCGUGGAAAAUAUUGUAAGCAGAGAAAAAUUAAGUGAGAAGAUUGAGCUAUUGGAAGGCUCUGCUUCAUUUUUAGUGGAGAAAGUUAGAUACUUAGUGGAGAAUAGUGGAAAUAUUGCGGAGAGUUUCGGUAGUGGUGUAGAUUUAAAAUUGGCGGACAAUUUUGUAUUAUUGGAAAGAUCGGCUUCCAGUUUGCUGCAUAAACUGCUAGUUGCUACCAGUAAUAUGAAUAAUAGUGAAAGUGUUGUUGAAUUGAGCCAUUCUGUAGUUAAUCUCUUGGAACGGCUCUGGAUUUUGAGUGCUUACUUAGGCUCUCAGUUGGGCAAUUUAUUGGCUGGGGUAGUGGAUGAUCCUCAAAAGUUUAAUGCAGUAUCAGGGCAAAUAGGGGCUGCAUUGGGUAUGUAUUCGGGAAAGCUUAGCAUGGCGCCUGUUCCAGUAGCCACCACUGCUCUUGCAACCUUAGCUGGUUCUGUUGCUGUAAAGACUGCAUUUGAUAAAAGGAAUUUGGAGGGAGGCGAUGCUUUGCCACUGCGAUACGACCCUGAAGGUGUUGGUAAAUACUUUGGGAAUAGGCCUGUGGAUGUUAUUUCUCGCGUGCUUGAGGUCAUAUUGGAGUGCUCGUAUCUUGCAGCUAAUCUUGCAAUUGAUAUAGCUACCGGUAUGGUUAAGGAGAAUGAGAAACAGAGAGCUGCAGAGUUUGUGCAAUUGAUAACCAGACUUGGACCUACCACAAUAAAGAUAGGACAAGCUCUAAGUAUACGGCCUGAUAUUCUGCCAGUUGCAUAUCUUGGGGAACUGCAAAAGCUUCAAGAUAGAGUACCCCCAUUUUCAAAUGAAGUAGCAAAGCAAUUGAUUGAAGAGGGACUAGGUAGGCCAGUGGAAGAAGUAUUGAAAGAAAUAUCAUCUGAACCUGUUGCUGCCGCUUCGCUUGGACAGGUCUACAAAGGAAUUCUUCGAGAUACGGGGGAAGUGGUGGCAGUGAAAGUUCAGAGGCCUGGUGUUUUGGAAGGAAUUUCAAGAGAUCUAUUUUUGCUUCGCAAUGCUUCACAGGCUUUACAGUCUCUUCCUUUUAUAGAAUCAAACUUGGUUGCUCUUCUUGAUAACUGGGCUUUCCGGUUUUUUGAUGAACUUGAUUAUGUGCAGGAGGGUAAGAAUGCAGAGCAAUUUGCAGAAAAUAUGAAAUCCCUCAAAAAUAUCGUAGUCCCUGGAGUUUUCUUACAACAUACUUCCCGGAAGGUACUAAUAACUCAGUGGAUUGAAGGUGAGAAGUUGUCUGAGAGCAGCGAAGCUGACUUACUGCUUCUUGUUAAUACAGCUCUAAACUGCUACUUGGUACAGCUUCUAGAGAGUGGUUUUUUACAUGCUGAUCCUCAUCCAGGAAAUUUGUUGAGAACUACAGAUGGUUGUCUUUGUGUCUUGGAUUAUGGGCUGAUGACAGAGGUUACGCAGGAGCAGCGUUAUACAUUUAUAGAAUAUAUGUCUCAUCUAGUCAACUCUGACUAUGGGAAAGUUGCAAAUGAUCUAGUAAGGUUGGGAUUUGUACCACCUGAACUUGUGGACCCUGUGAAAACAGCUGAAGUUGUUCCUCAUCUUAGCCGUGUUCUUGGCCAAUUGACACAGGGAGGAGGGGCACGAAAAGUGAAUAUUCAACAGGUAACAGAGGACUUAGCAAAGAUUUCUGAAGAUUAUGUCUUUGUGAUUCCACCUUAUUUUGCACUCAUUCUUAAGGCAUUUGCAGUGCUUGAGGGUAUUGGAUUAAAGGCAGAUCCAAAUUAUGCAAUCAUAAAUGAUUGUUAUCCUUACUUAUCCAAGCGACUUAUGACAGAUGACAGUCCUAGGACUCGUGCUGCUCUUAAGUAUUUCUUGUAUGGAGAAAGUGAUCGGCUUGAGGUUAAAAGGGUUGAGGAUAUCAUGAACGGGUUUGCAACAUUCCAAAAAUUGACUUCAGCACCUGCAACUACUGGUAAAUCACAAAGAGUACCAUCUCCUAUUGAUCCAGCUGCAAAAGAAUUUAUUUCCCUUCUUUUUGCACCUCACGGAAGUUUUCUUCAAGAGCUGCUACUCAAAGAGCUUGUUCUUGCUGUGGAUGCUUUGUCAAGAGAAGCACUGGCUGAGCUUUGGACCUUUUUUGCUUUUCAAGCACCAAUUCCUUUUCUUCCCAACCUUUUUCAACCAAAAUCAUGGCCUAUUCCUUUGUCGAGCAUAUUCUUUGGUUCAAGACGCAUUGUAUCACUUUCAGAGGAAGAUGAAUAUUCUCUGGAUACUGUAAAAAGGCUCUGGAUACUACUUGAGCCACAGUUCAGGCAGCCUACAUUUUUAACAGAAAUGGCAGGCUUAGUACAAGGGAUGAUACCUUUGAUGCCUGAUUUAUUCCCAGGAAUCCUCAUGACUAGUCAACGGUUUCUUCUAAUGCUUUUGCAACGGAAAGCACUUCGUCUGGCAGAUGAUUUGGAUGGGAAGAACUCAUUAGCAGUGCGGGAAAGAGAUCCUAUAGCUUUUUCUCAUCGUGCUGGACCAGAGAUGCUUUUGCCAGCACCACAAAGAGACAAAAAUACCUAAGGAUGCCUAAACAGACCAUCCAUUUUUAUCUACAAUAUUCUCAUGUAAAUAGUUUGAGAGCUAAUUGAUCAUGUUUUGGCUCUUAUAUUAAUUUUUAGAAAUCAUACUUAUUCCUUACCAUAGUGAUGGUAAGUUGGUAACAUUCUUUAUUGUAAGGUCCUAGGGAUGACCGUCUCUCCCACUGUAACUCUGAACAUCUCUAUCACCAUAUGAGAAUGGUGUGGGUUCCUCAGAUCUCAAGGGAUGAACUGUUGUAUUGUUCUCAGAGCAUAUAGAUUGCUCGGUGGGGGGCAUUGUUUGUGGUUGUGCAGCCCAAGAUUCUAUGGUUUUCCGUCUUCGUCUUCUGUUCAAAAAUGAAAGCUUAACUGCAUAAAAUGAGUGUAAAGGAAAAAUUCCUAGAUAUUACACUCUCGAGGCUGUGAAGUAGAGGACAAUAUUUGUCUCUGGAAUUACUAAUAAUUCAGCAGUUGUAAAGAUGCUUAACUGGAAAUGACAUGCAGACGUGCAUUUUUUGUG